GCGGGUCCCGGGCAGCCACCGCCCCCCGUCACCGCUCGGCCUGGGCCCGGCGCGGAGCCAGCGGCGGGCGGGGAGAGCGCGGUGCGCGCCAUGGCGCUGGGCUCGGCCUGGAAGCAGAUGUCGUGGCUGUACUACCAGUACCUGCUGGUCACCGCGCUCUACAUGCUGGAGCCCUGGGAGCGCACCGUCUUCAAUUCGAUGCUGGUUUCCAUCGUUGGAAUGGCACUGUACACGGGCUAUGUGUUCAUGCCUCAGCACAUCAUGGCAAUAUUGCACUACUUUGAAAUUGUGCAGUGAUGAAGAACGUACUUUCAAGAAGUAAUCAUGCUCUGAAAUCUGGUCUACAAAGAAGAAUGAAUCUCUUAGUUUUAACGAGACUUCUGCCGAUGUCAAAAAAAAAAAAAAGAAAGACACAAUGAGGAUUCUGCAGACUAGGAAAUGAGCUAUGUAGAGCAGGGGCGUGAGAUGUCCCCUAUGUUGUGUUCAUUCCUUUUGAUUUUACAAGAUUUGCCCUUGUAUAGUAGUUUUGUCUACCUUAACAUUGUGAUUGUACUUUGAUAUCAGUAUUUUCUUAACUUUGUGACAGUUUCAACAUUGCACUGUGAAAGCUUUUCUUAAUUGUAAUUUUGAGUAAAUCUUAAUUGCCUUCUAUUUUUAAUCAGAAAGUCAUCUUAUUAAAUGGGGCUUAAAGCUUUUGCUAUUGUAUGGUAUGCAUUGGCCUGGGUAUUUCUAUCAAUGCGUUUUGUAAGAAAAUACAUCUAGAUUCAUAUUAGAGACAUGGAUAUAUUCGUCUAACACUAUUUACAAAAAAUUAGUUUGUAUGACUGAACUCAGGUGUACUGUUUUCUUGUCCAAACUUUGUUCAACAGUGUGUUUGUGCAUAUCACCUGAAUUUGGAAUUAGCAAUUAUUUUGAGUUUCUGUAUUCCACCUGCUGGAGGAGGGUGGGAGAGAGAAAGCGUUGAGGCAGAGCGGAGGCUGCAUUCAUUAUGUUUGAGUAGCGCUGGGGUUGUGGUCUUUUCAUAGUGGGAACAAAAGGACUUUUCUUUGCUCACAUAGGCCCACGUAAAGCUUUGGGACAGUACUUUAAAUCAACACCUUUUCUAGCUACCAAUUAAAUUGUACUUUUACAUAAUUCUUUGUUACGUUCCAAUGGCGAUGGUUUCUGCUGAUUUUCACUCAACAGUGUACCUGUCUGUAUUUUAAGGGGGUUUUCUAUUGCUGCUAGUGUUCCAAAUGUGUUCUCGCUACAAAUUACCAAAACAUAGGGUUUUAAAUGGACUCGAGUUACAACUACAGCAAUAAGUAGCUGAAUACUUGGCUGAAGUCCUGCCUUUUUUCUUUUUCUUUUUUUUUUUAAUAGGGAUUUUUUUCAGUUUUGUAUUCUGAUAUGUAUGGUGGUAACAACCUAACUUUCUUAAGUGGAGGACUUUUUUUGUUGUUGUUUAAAAAAUAAAACUUUAAAAGCAGAGCUUGGAUGCCAAACUUUCA